AGGGGGCCAAGUUGUCCCUUUCCCUCUUCCUUGCGGCAAGGGCGGGGCUUACGCGAAGACCCGGACGAGCGGAACGGCUAGUAGGCUUCGGGAGCCCGAGCGUGUCGGGGAUUGUCGCCAUGUCUUUCUGUUCUUUUGGCGGAGAGGUUUUCCAGAACCACUUUGAGCCAGGUGUCUACGUCUGUGCCAAAUGUGGCUAUGAGCUCUUUUCCAGUCGUUCAAAGUAUCAACAUUCCUCUCCAUGGCCUGCCUUCACUGAGACAAUACAUGAUGACAGUGUGAUGAAGCGGCCAGAGUUUGGUCGGCCAGAAGCCUUAAAAGUGUCCUGUGGCAAGUGUGGCAAUGGCCUGGGCCAUGAGUUCAUCAAUGAUGGACCCAAGAAGGACCAGUCCCGCUUUUGAAUAUUCAGUAGCUCGCUGAAGUUCAUUCCUAAAGGCAAUGAAACUUCAGCUCCCAAAGGAAAGUAAUUGUGCAGUCAAGAGGAAGUACUGGUUGUAGACACACUGCAACCACUAAUUUAUUUUGUAGUCAUUGAUUGGAAUUGGAGUUCAUAAAAGUUCAGACUGGUGGCUGAGAAAGCCACUGAAGAAACUAAAAAGGCCUUGAAAUCAGAAGAUCUUAGAUGGAGAGCUGGAGAAACCUUUGAAGCUAUUUACAACCACCCUUCCCUUUAUAACUGAAACAGGGGAAGACUAGAGAAGCCAGCUGAGCUGAAGAAAGCCACACAAGUGAUGAUAGGGGAUUUCAACUUAGAUCUUCUGAAUUCAAAUUUAGCAUGUUUUCCAAGAUUCUGCCUCUUCUCAUCUCCUUUAGGUAGAUUUUGUAAGGAAAGGACUAGUAUUUAGGGAAUGGGAAGAGCAAGUGAAAAAUUAAUGAUGAACAACCCCUUCUUGAGUCAAGUUUAUAAAGUUUAAUUAGAAUUUCUUUUUUUUUUUUCUUUUUUUUUUGAGAGUAUAAAUUCCAAAUACAUAAAACUUAGAUUUUCCUAAACUUUUGGCCAAAAAGAGAUAGAAUUUUUAGUGUAAACCAUUGAUUAUUUCCUGUCUAAUCUCAUCAUAUUUAUCAGCGUGCCCUCUCUAACUCUGAGGUUCCAAAGGAUGAUCUUCUGAACUCCAUGUGGUCUAAUUUUGAAAGAGAGUUUGAUUGACUUUAAGUAGCAUAAACCAGAUUUCCACAAGGCUUUAGUAAAGAAUGCAAACCCUGAAGAUCUUAUCCUGUUAUUUUGGUUUGGGGUCACAGUAUGAAUUACCCUGGUUAAACCCUUCUAGGAUGACCAUGGUGAUGAAGGUUAGUGACUCAAUCAGAAAACAGUUUGGAUUUUAUCUUGAUUUGCAUACAAUAUAUUUUAAAGACAGAUUUUUAAAUGUUUCACUGAAACUUGCACUUUUUGAGCUUAUGAAAUAUGUAGUUAGUUGAUUGCCUCUGAAUGUGGAAAGGACUACUUCCUUUACUAUAUUUAAGCAUUUUGUCUUUCUGUUUUUGCCUGGCACCUUGAUUUUAAUGAUCAAUUUUCAGUUCUCUGGCAGAGAGGGGAAAAGCCUCAUGUUCUUUUUUUUUUUCUUUUUUUGGUCAAUUUCCAUAGAUUAUUUGAAGAAGGCCCUUCACAAUUUAUAAUUCCCAAGCCAUAUUGUCUUUCUUGUCAAUAGGAAUCCAAAAAUGCCUCCUUUGAUGAUAGCACAUUGUAGUCCUGUUGACACAAAGAAUGUAAAGUUCUUAGGAAUUACUUAUCAUGAAUGUUAGAGAUUAGUUCAUUUUCAGCAAGGAAGAUAUCCACCAUUAUGACUCCCAUGCAUCUCAUAAAUUCUCCUGUAUAUUUGUUACCUUUUUGCCAUAAAUAGAUGACACCGAGCAAUGUGUGUCAUCAUUCAAAAGAUUUUUACUAUACCAUUAUCCUAGUAGAGGCAACCUGGAAGAAGAGAGUCUCAAAUUUGGAAACAGAAAGAUCUUGGUUCCAAAUUCAUCUCUGCCAGUUUACUAGCUAUGUGAUUAUGGUAUUAAACUUUACCUCUGAGGCUGAGGCAGCUAAGACUUGCUAAGUUAAGUACAGCUGCUGUAAGAACUCCAUACCCAUAAAAUUUCAGCUCCUUGAAGCAUCCUCAUGUUUUCUUUGUCUAUGUGGUAGUGAUUGGAGAAAAAAAAAAUAAUUUCAUUGUUUGAAAAAAUCAUGAUGUAGAAUAAAAGAAUGUAUAAUUUUGA